AUGGAGAUGCUGGUAGCAAUUUACAACGACUACAUAAAGAUUAAGAUUAAUCUUAAUCUUGAUGAUGAGAUGAAGGUGGAUGUGGAGGUGGAGGUGAAGAUGAAGGUAAAGGUGAAGGUGAAGGUGAAGGUGAAGGUGAAGGUGAAGGUGAAGGUGAAGGUGAAGGUGAAGGUGAUGGUGAAAGUGAAGGUGAAGUCGAAGGUGAAGGUGAAGGUGAAGGUGAAGGUGAAGGUGAAGGUGAAGGUGAAGGUGAAGGUGAAGGUGAAGGUGAAGGUGAAGGUGAAGGUGAAGGUGAAGGUGAAGGUGAAGGUGAAGGUGAAGGUGAAGGUGAAGGUGAAGGUGAAGGUGAAGGUGAAGGUGAAGGUGAAGGUGAAGGUGAAGGUGAAGGUGAUGGUGAAGGGGAAGGUGAAGGUGAAGUCGAAGGUGAAGGUGAAGGUGAUGGUGAAGGUGAAGGUGAAGGUGAUGGUGAAGGUGAAGGUGAAGGUGAAGGUGAAGGUGAAGGUGAAGGUGAAGGUGAAGGUGAAGGUGAAGGUGAAGGUGAAGGUGAAGGUGAAGGUGAAGGUGAAGGUGAAGGUGAAGGUGAAGGUGAAGGUGAAGGUGAAGGUGAAGGUGAAGGUGAAGGUGAAGUCGAAGGUGAAGUUGAAGGUGAAGGGGAAGGUGAAGGUGAAGUCGAAGGUGAAGGUGAAGGUGAAGGUGAUGGCGAAGGUGAAGGUGAUGGUGAAGGUGAAGGUGAAGGCGAAGUCGAAGCCGAAGUCAAAGUCGAAGUCGAAGUCGAGGUCAAAGUCGAAGGUGAAGGUGAAGGUGAAGGUGAAGGUGAAGGUGAUGGUAAAGGUGAAGGUGAAGGUGAAGGUGAAGGGAAAGGUGAAGGUGAAGUCGAAGGGAAAGGUGAAGGUGAAGUCGAAGUGUAAGGACCGUGUGAGACUUGCCGCGCUUUUGGACUACCAGUUAUCUGCGUUCUGA